AAAUUUUCACUUUCUCACAAUUCAGUUUCAAUUUUUUUUUCUCGCUCAACAAAAAAAAAAAAAAACAAAAAAUUUACCCAAAAUCAGAAAUAAUACUCUCACACCGACCACAGCAACAACAACAACAACAACAACAACAAGAGACCAACAAACAAAACAAAACAAAACAAACAAAAACAUAAAAGACAACAACAACAACAUACCGAACAAACGCCCGAAAAGGAAAAGACGAUAAUCAACAGGAGACAAGGAAAACGAAUAAACGAAAGAGGGAGCAAAGGGGACACGAAAAAAAUCAAAAUCCAAAACCGAAUUAAUAACUCUACGAUUUGGAUGACUAUCGUCCCGAUAACUGAUAGCAAUAGCCCGAUAACUGAUAACCGAUUAGCGAUAACCGAUAACCGAUUACCGAUAACAGUCAUCAGUUGUGUCUGAAACUGGACAGCCAAUCAAGAUCAAGUUCUGGAUCCCCGCCCACUCGUACACCCGUCAGUCAAUCAGUCAAUCAAUCGAUCAAUCAAUCAGCCAAUCAAUCGAUGAACUGGAAACCGCCAACCGAUAAAGCCACCCGAUAGUCGGAUCCAAUUAAAUCUAUAACUCUUUUUUGGCCCAAUUGACACCAAAACUAAAAAUAAAAAAAAUUAAAAAAUAAAAUACAAACUCAAAACUUAAACCGUUAAACCAGAGACACGUUCGAACAAGUUAAAAAAUUAUACUAAAAAAAAAUACUGAACGUAAACCCCGCAGAGAAACGCGUGCAGAGACCCAGAACCGAAAAAAAAGUAAAAUUUCCAAAAAAAAAAUACAAAAAUAAAUAAAAUCAAAAUAAGAAAUGCUAACGCGACACCAAUAAAACCCACAAUCCAAUCCAAGCCAACUGACUAAGCAUUAAAAAAAUAUUAAAAAGAAAAAUAAAGAAAGAAAGAAAAGUUUAUUUUCCGGUUCAGCAGAGUUCAUGAAAAAGUUGCAAGAAAUUACGAAAAUACAAAAAAAAAAAACGUGAAAUCCCUCAAGGACAUGAUUCGCGAAUUCUAAAAUUCUAAAAAAUAAAAGGCAUCAUUCCAAACAGAAAUAACAGAAAUAAAUAAAAGAGAAAAAAAUACUAAAAUCCAAAAGAGUUGAAGCUGGAGUUGAAAUAAAGUAGACAAGCGGAAAAAAGAUCAGUUUCGAAAGUAAAAGUCCUAAAGGUCCUAAAAGUUGAAAUUCAAAAGUGUUCCUCCCUCUAUAUAGACAUCUAUAAUAAUACUACUAACUAACUAACUAACACGCUCAUAACUGAUCCAAAAGCAAAAAAACAUAAAAACAAGUAAAAAAUAAAAAUAUAAAAUAAAUAAAACUAAUUAAAUCGGCAACUGAGAACGAAAAAGAAGAAGAGAAAUCAAAAUGGCAUCCGAACUGGACCAAUUCGCCGACCUGGAACUAUCGAAGGAGGAUCGGGAACAGAUCUUCGACCCACCACUAGAUCGACAGCAGUUGGAAGGUGCUGGCACCUCAAGUGUUACGACAUCAAAAAUCUUAAUAAGCGGCAUACCGAUGCAAACACGUUUCGAAGACAUCGAACCGCUACUGAAGCCCUAUGGCAUCGUCAAACAGUGUGAGGCUAUUUCUAGUAAGGAUCAAAAUACUCAAACAGUACAUAUAACAUUCGAAAAUCCUGAGCAGGCGCAAAGAGCUGCUGGUGGUCUGAACGGUGUCGAGUUCGAGGGCAGCAAACUGCAUGCCGAGCAGCUGGACAAGAACCAGCGGCGGAGCCAGCGCAAUCAGCGCAAUCCGUAUCCGGGCAUGCCAGGUCCCGGACGGCAGGCGGACUUCCCGCUACGCAUUCUCGUCCAGAGCGAGAUGGUGGGGGCGAUUAUCGGCCGGCAGGGCAGCACCAUCAGGACGAUCACACAACAGAGCCGUGCUCGGGUUGAUGUCCAUCGCAAGGAGAAUGUCGGUUCGGUGGAGAAAUCGAUAACAAUUUAUGGUAAUCCGGAGAAUUGCACCAAUGCCUGCAAGCGCAUCCUGGAGGUGAUGCAGCAGGAGGCCCUCUCCACGAAUAAGGGUGAAAUUUGCCUCAAAAUACUCGCCCACAAUAAUCUUAUUGGACGGAUCAUUGGCAAGUCGGGCAAUACCAUUAAAAGGAUCAUGCAGGACACCGAUACCAAGAUCACCGUCAGCUCCAUCAACGACAUCAACAGCUUCAAUCUGGAGCGGAUUAUAACGGUGAAGGGUCUAAUCGAGAAUAUGUCACGGGCCGAGAAUCAAAUUAGCACCAAACUCCGUCAGAGCUAUGAGAAUGAUCUGCAGGCGAUGGCACCCCAGAGUCUCAUGUUCCCCGGCCUCCAUCCAAUGGCAAUGAUGUCGACACCGGGCAACGGCAUGGUCUUCAAUACGAGCAUGCCGUUCCCCUCGUGUCAAAGUUUUGCCAUGUCCAAAACACCGGCCAGUGUGGUGCCGCCCGUUUUCCCCAAUGACCUACAGGAGACAACGUUCCUUUAUAUACCGAAUAAUGCCGUUGGCGCUAUUAUUGGUACUAAGGGCUCGCACAUACGGAGCAUAAUGCGUUUCUCGAAUGCGUCCCUUAAGAUAGCACCAUUGGACGCCGACAAGCCGCUGGACCAACAAACGGAGCGCAAGGUGACGAUUGUUGGCACACCGGAGGGUCAGUGGAAGGCGCAGUAUAUGAUCUUUGAGAAGAUGCGCGAGGAGGGCUUCAUGUGCGGCACCGACGAUGUUCGUCUCACAGUUGAAUUGCUGGUGGCCAGCUCUCAGGUGGGUCGCAUCAUCGGCAAGGGUGGCCAGAAUGUUCGCGAAUUGCAGCGAGUGACGGGCAGUGUGAUCAAGCUGCCGGAGCACGCCCUGGCCCCGCCCUCCGGCGGUGAUGAGGAGACGCCCGUCCACAUCAUCGGUCCCUUCUACAGCGUACAGUCGGCCCAGAGACGCAUCCGGGCCAUGAUGUUGUCGACAAAUCCGCCGCCAGUAACCAAAAAACAGAAAGCUGCCAAAGAACAAUUGCAACAACAGCAACAGAGCCUAGCCGGUGCCGCAACAAGCGGGUCCCAACAACAACAACAGCAGCAGCAGCCGCCGCAGCAGCAGCAGCAGCAACAACAACAACAGUCGCCGUCGCAGCAGCAGGCGCUGCCGCAAUUGCAUCAUCAGCCUGUGUCGUCGGCGUCGUCAUCAUCGACGCCCCCAGCACAUCACCAGCAGCAGGCAUCGACGCAGCAGCAGCCGCAGCAGCAGCAGCAGCAGCAGCAACCGUCGCCGCCACCUUCUGGCAAUGCAACUGCAGCAGCAGCCCAGCAGCAGCAGCAGCAGCAGCAGCUGGCGAGCUCCCAGCAGUAAUGUGGGGCCAGAAGACCAGAGACCAGACCACCAUCCACUAACCACCCAAACCACCCAACCACCCAAGAGAGGCACUGAUACCACCUCCACUCCGCACUCCACCAUACUAGAAACCACCCAUAGAACCAUCUACCAUCCUACCAUCCACAUCGGCCACCUUACCAACCUGAACCUGAAAAGAGAAUGAGAAAAAAGAGAGAGUAACUUACAAGCUACUCUCUUACCGUAGGCGCCCACCUCUUGUGCUGGCACAGGCGACAAAACGUAAGCAAACGGGUUGUAAGCGAGAGCCGCAAUAGAAAAGGAAAUAGAACAGAGAUCGCCGAGACACACACAUAGAAGCUCUAUUAGUUUGUAUCAACAGAGCAGAAUGAUAACAGAAAUAGAAUAAUAAUACCGAUAACCGAUAACCAAUAACCGAUAACCCUAAAAACAAACUAAAAAAAAAAAACAUUCAUUUGCCAGCUAAGAAAUAAAGCGAAAAAGUUAAAUAGAUUGCAAAAUUGUCUAUAAAGAAUAAUAUUAAUCGAAAAACUAUAAUAUAACACUCAAGACACAACACACACACCCCCCUAACACGCAUCACUUUGUCGCGAUGGUGUCCUUUUUAUCGAAGGACUACUAACAAAAAAAAAAAAAAAAACAGCACAAAGUCGGAAAAAAAAGAAAAGAUUAUGGAAGGAAAUUUAGUAGUGUAUGCGUUAUAUUUUUUUUAAAUAUACUUAAAUAUAAAGAGUUUAUUUUUAAUUAAUUUUUUUUUUUUUUAAACCAAGGUUUAGUAAGCUUAUCGUUAAGUGAUGAAAGAAAGGACGAAGCAUGAGAUUGAGAAUCAAGAGGAGGAAACGAAAAUUGUAACCAGAAAGGAUAAUCCCGAAAAAAACAGAAGACCGUUUAGCGAGGGUACACUGUAGUACUGUAGUCGGAUGUAUGACAGUUAUGUGGGCGCGACGCAGUUGAUGCAACUGUUGUUUGGCCGAAAGCGUUAUACAAAGUAUAACAGACCUCAACCCGAACCACCAAAAAAAAAAAAAAAAGAAACCACUUUACUAUA